AUGAUUAUCUCUCGACUGCUGAUCAUUGGGCUAGGAGUAUCGUGGAUCCUGGUAUUGUUGUUGAUCCGAGGGGCCUUCGGCGCCGAUGCAGCGAGCGUGCCGGUACCUGGUUCCGCCAAUGCCAACCCUCAGCCUAGUGCUGCCCAAUACCGGAUGUCCAUGCUCAAAGAAGGACUCGAGUUGCACCUGCGGGGGGAGCACGCAGGUGCGGCGAGGGCGUACUCGCGGCUGCUAGAGGUCAUACCCAACGAUCCAGACGGACUACACCUGCUAGCUUUCCUCAAUGAAGCUGACCAGCUCGUGAGGUCGGCUAUUUCUGUGACGAACAUAAAAAAAAACGAGUUAUCAAUGAGGAGCAACUUGGGGGAAAUCCUUCGGGCAAAGGGAGACUUGGAGGAAGCGGAGGCGGCGUUGAGGAUGGUCAUAGAUGAACAAGAAGCGGCAGGCGUGCGGGAUCAUCAGGCGUCGUUCAACCUCGCCGUCACACUCGUUGACAUCAUCCGCCGAAACGAUUCCUCGCGAAGGCAUCGACUAGUGUCUGAAAGCCACGCCGAGGACCUUUCCGAUGAGAUGUCCGAGAAUAACCACGAUGAGUGGUUGAAGCGAUGGGAGGCCGAACACCUACUCAAACUGGAUCUAUCCAACCGCCCGGACAACCGGCGAUCGAUGAUGGACCUGGUGGUGGUUUUGAAGAGCAACUGGGAUCUCGAUCCACACAUGGAGCGAGUUCGGGCCGGCGCGAGAGAAGGAACUCGUCCCGAUGAGAGCAUCGAGGGCAAAAGUGGCACACUCUACAAUGGAGACAACGAUCGUUACGGGAAUGCUGUUUCUCAGGAGGACGAAGGACAGCAGCGGAAACCCGGUUGGGGUGAAGAGGCCUUGGUUUGGCUCAACCGGGCGGCGAUUCGCGAGCAGUACUGA